AAUGUGCGAGACGAAGUGACAUUUGAUUAACCACAACAAUCCGGUGAGAACGCAAUUAAAGUGCACUAGAUGAACAUGAUUGUGGUGCUUGAUGGAUUAUUUCGCCAGAACGGCACCUAUGACUACAAUGACAGCUAUGAGUAUGAAGAGGACAUCGAGCCAGGGGCCAGUAAAGCGAUGUUGACCCCGGUGCUGUACUUCUUGGAGUCGAUUGUAGGGCUGCUUGGAAACGGACUACUCCUGGCCAUUCUGGCUAAGAAGAGGCGAUCCUGGAGCAUAUCGGACACCUUCAUCCUCCACCUGUGUGUUGCGGACAUCCUGCUGCUGGUGACGCUGCCCUUCUGGGCGGUACAGGCGGUUCAACAGUAUGGAUGGGGCUUUCUCUGCAAGAUCAGUGGAGCUGUUUUUAAUAUCAACUUCUACUGUGGCAUCUUUCUGCUGGUUUGCAUCAGUCUGGAUCACCACUUGUCCAUCUUCCACGCCACCCAGCUGUUCUCCCAGAAGAACCCCAGGUUAGCUCACAUGAGCUGCCUGUUAGUCUGGAUCGCCUCCCUUAUCCUCACCAUCCCCGACUGUGUUUUCCUGGUGGCGAGGAAAGAUCCGGACCAGGGGAAAACCCUGUGUGCUCACAGCUACUCCCAGUCAGCAACUGAUUGGCAGCUGGUGUCACGCGUUCUCCACCACACGCUGGGUUUCCUGCUGCCUGCAGCCACCCUGAUCUUCUGCUGCUCCCGUGUCCUGCUGCAGCUGUGGCGCGGCUCUGACGGCCUCCGGAAGCAGAGGGCCGUCACCUUCAUCCUGCCCCUGGUAGUGGUCUUCUUUCUCUGCUGGCUGCCGUACAACAUCACACUCAUUGUGGACACCUUCAGAAGCCGCUCGAAGCAGCCAGAUCAGCCUGAAAGUUCCCUGAACACAGCUCUGGCGGUCACUUCUGCUUUGGGCUGCAUGCACGCCUGCCUCAGGCCUCUGCUCUAUUUCGGCCUAUGUAGAAACGUCAGGAAACAGACACUGGCCAUGUUUAGACAUGCUAAAGUUGAAUCUGAGAGCUCGCUGUGGGGCUUGGGUGUUGGCAAGGAGGCCCUGCCCGACCAAAAUCCCGAAGGGGAAGCGCUGCAACAGAUGAUAAGUACAGAUCAUCAGGUGCCGUAAACUCAGUGCUGAUUAUUGGACAGAAAUGCCCUCCUGUGACUCAGAAGGGAUCAGAAUGAUGCUCCACCCCUGAGGGGAAUUUAGGGUGAAGUCGUGUCAUGGGUUCAAGGGCUGGAGGACCUUAUGAUGAGAAAUAGAUAUUUUUAGAAAAUUACUCUUAGAAAUUGCACUUCAAUGUGAAGGUUUCCGUGCCACGUCAUGGUUGUAUUUUGAAAUCACUGUUGCAUUUUAGCUUGUUACCCUAAAUCAUGAGUUUUUUUUAUUCAAUUGUAAAUAUCUGUAUUUUUAUUGUGUAUUAUUGGUGGUAUUAUUAUUAUUAUUAUUAUUAUUAUUGUACUGUUUUAUAUAAGUGUCGGUGAACAGUGUUUAAGCUGUUAAAGAAUCAUAAAGCUUUAACGUCAUAUAUGUGCCAUAAUGCUUAAAAUUCUUGGAAUGGAAUAAGGUAAUAGAGAAGCUCUUGUAAAUAACAAUACAAGAUAAUUCUUCAGUCAGUGUUAUUGUGAUCCUCCAUCAAGUAGACCGACAGAGUUUGUUACAGUUUGUUGGAUGACACAACUGAUUCACUUCUUAUGUCAUCUUCAGGCAGUAAAGACUGUGGAUUCCACGAUUGUCCAGUGACUGUGUGUGUGACCACAGUGCAGUGAGGGAAUUUCCUGUUGGCGAAUCCCACAGCCUUAUUUCUUUUUGAGUUCUUUGUUGCAACAUGGAUGUGUGGGGACUGUAGGACAGCGGAUGACACAAACAGGUGGUGAUGUCAUCAGUCAGGUGACAGAAGAGGAGGAGGAAGAGGGGAAGAAAGACCUCAAUACUGAAGCUCUUUCAUAGCUCUCAGUUUACUCUCAUCUAGAGACUUGUCUGUUUGUUUGGCGGAGUGAGAACAGUGGCAUGCUUUAUGCGUGAGCACAGUUGUCUGGAAAAGGGGUGUAGGUGGCAAAUGGAAGAAAGAAGACCAGUUGGAGAAGACGAGAUCUUAUUCUAAAGAUCACGGUGCACGUUGUGUUGAGCACGACAUUUGUGGUUUCACCUCCACGUUGUUGGGUCAGGUUAUAGCCUGCUAGGCACGCUUGAUUUCUGCGCUCAAGGCAAGAUAAUGUUAAUAUAAAUAUGACCUGAAAUAAAGUGGUCUUUCACACUUGGGUGUGCUUUUAGAAAGUCUGUGUAAAAUAAGGUCACACAAGAAAAGAAAACACCUUCCCUCCUCUCAGACCGCCUAUGUUCCUUCCUCUUUCUUAUGGUGUUUCAGUUUGUCGAGAGCCAAAGCCUGAAAACUAUGGUCUUAAUGUUAGAAAUGCGGCUUUCAUCUGUGGCAGCAGCAACAUGUCAAGUAUAUAGCAUUACUGAGUAUUGCCUCAGAUUGAAGUGUUAUUUCCUGUGUCAGCUAGAGCUUCUCACCAAACUUAUCAGGACUUUUAUUUAAUGAAUAAACCUGUUAUUAGUAGACAAACACGACCUUUGUUGUACCGUCCACAGUAAAGGGAGUUGAGUCCGUCCACAAUUCAAGGCUUUUUAUUCGUCUAAGUACAAAAGUUAAAAAGAAUUGAGCAUCGUGACUCGAUGACUGAAAACAAGACAAAUGCAUGUUGACCACAUCCCACACAGCGCUUGAUGUGUUUGAAUGAACGUGCAGUCAAGCUGUUAACUCUGGAAGACUGCGGAAGAGUUUACGAACCCUUCGCUGGCUUUGUUCUCUACCUCAGUGACUGAACCAGUAGAGUAAUAACAGGGUAUCUAUACUACUGGAAUCAAACUUAAAGGGAUGCUCUCUUUUUAACACCAGUGCCACCAGCCUGCUGUUGUGAAAUGUUUGCUGCUCAUGUAAAUUAUGAAUGAGACGCGCUGUGAUGGAAAACAUAGUCUGCCACAAGUUACAGCAUUUCCCUUUGCUCAUCUAUCUUUUUUUUGUCUUUUUUUGCAUAGGCAACGUGUUUGAGGAUGUGUGGUGGCUUUUUGUGACUUUAGUUUCCUGUCAAAGAGAUGUAAGCUAUUUCCACUGUAAACCCCUACGUGAUGGUUCACAGUCAACUUGUUUUCUACGUAAUCACCUGUAUCCUGACUAUAUCAUAAGCAUAGAGAACAUUUUUAGGGAAGUUAGGACAUUAAAAUAUCUUAAAUACUCAAUACAUGCAGAAAGAACAGAGAAUACAAAAAGGGCCGUUGCACAAUCUAACUUCUAAAGUUUAAAUUGUGAAAUUCAUGCUGCAACCUAUCCUCUAUCAUUUGUUACACGGUAUACAGUAUUUACUUGACUGAUUUGAUAACUUCUUUACUAGCUGUAUAGGAAAAAUGUGAAAACACCAGUUUCUGUUAAUUAUUAAGUAAAAAUCUCACAAAUAACAAAUGUUUUUAGGGAUAAAUCACAUGGGUGUUGGAUAGCAUUUUUGACUACCCAAAAACUAAACUUGAAUAUUUUCUAGGUAUUUAAAACAAUGUAUUUAUUCAUUCAUUUAUCUGUUCAAUUUUAUUUUCUGUAAAUUUUAUUAAAUUCUUUCUAAAAUAAUUGUCCUUUGAGGGGUCCUGUCAAGCUGUACUGUAAUGUCAAAAAUAUACUGGUUUCUGAUUUAAAAAAAAUUCUGUAUAUUUGAUUCUGUAUUUGAACAAUCCAUGUACAAAAAUAAAAUACAACAUACAGUAACCUAUAA